CAUUUGUCCAGCCCGUUCAUUGUCGUCCAGCAAGUCUGACCGCAGACGCCAACACCCUCGACUUCUUCUGCAAGCGCGAAUAAACCCCCCGCGCAUCCAUCCCCACUAUGGUCGACGAGUCAAAGCCCACAGCGGCGCAGUUAGCCGGCACGUCGUCCUCGGCACGACCAUCAACCCGCGGACCCCUCCACCGGCGCGGAGCGGCGCAAGAGGAAGACGCGACCAAGCUGCAGUUCGGCGACUUUGGCGACGGCGAAGCCCUCACCAUUGGCGAGGUGCAGCACCUCCUCCAGAUCUCGCGCGACGGGCCAAACAUCCCCCCGCCGCCUGAUAACAAGGUGUACAAGUCGACGGUCGACUACGUCAACGAGUUUGCGAACGCCGACAGUAACGUGACGGGGAGCAUGCGCGCCGCCCUCACCGCCCGCCCGGGCUUCCUGAACCAGUUCGAGGUAGCGCAGAUCAUGUACCUCCGUCCCCCGUCGGUCGAUGUGGCCGUUGCGCUGAUCCCAAGCCUCGAACGGUACAACCAGGAGGACGAGCACACCGAGAUCCUGCAGCAGCUGCUGGACGACGUGCGCGGCUUUGCGCGGUACGGCGGGGUGGUGUAGCGCGGGCGUGGGCGCGGUGGCAUAGAGCAGAGCAACGAGCAGAGCAAUGAUAGGCAUAUGCAUGUGUA